AUGGAAGGUCGAGGUUUGGAUUUGUGGCGUGUGGUUGGAGGAGAGAGUGUGUCAAUCACCCAGGCGGAGGGGUCUGAAGGGAGAGAGCGACCCCGUGCUCUGGAGGAGGACAGCCAGCCGGGUUUGGAGCGCUCACACAUGGGGACGGCGGUGUGUGGAGAUGGGCCCCCGGUUCUGAUCCAGAUCCAGACCGACCGCACCAUCAAGCGCUAUUUUCACACGGGUUGA